CACCGUUUCUUCCGCCGUAGCGUGAUCUGCGACUCCAACGCUACGGCCUUGGAGCUACCCAGUUUGCAACCCGCAGCGCCCUCGGCCCCUAUCUCGGGAGGCAGCGCCGCUCCGUUGGUCUCUCCUCCCGAGUGUGCCAGUCGGACCUCUUACAUCUCUGUCAGCGCCACUCAGGCCCCCUCGCUGCUGCAGCAGCCACCGCCGCCUGCCCCGCUUCCCCUCGAAGGACAGUCUGCUCAGGAGGCCCCUGCCGCGAAAGAUGCCGCCCCGCUGCUGCCCAAGGAAGAGGAGGAGGAUGAGCGGAGAACACAGCAGGAAGACAUCGAAGAGCUUGAGACCAAGGCAGUGGGCAUCUCCCCGGAUGGCCGCUUCCUGAAGUUUGACAUCGAGAUUGGAAGAGGCUCCUUCAAAACUGUGUAUAAAGGACUAGAUACGGAUACCACUGUGGAAGUCGCCUGGUGCGAGCUGCAG